CGCGAGUCCUAUAAAUUAGCUGCAAAUUUUACGUUAAAAAAGUUGCAGAGUUGAAGAGCGGUCCUUCAAUGGCGAAUCCGAGGACCCGGAAGAGGGUUCGUCCAAUCCCUCGAGCUCCCGACGGAAGUGCCUUUCAAAAGUGCAAUUCCUGUGGAGCUUCAGUGCCCAUUGCUUUGGCUGGGAUGCACGACUGUGAAAUCAACGAGAAGGUGAAGAGGUUUAAAGGCGUAAGCGUGGAUGUUAAGAAACAGAGCAUUUGGGAGCAGCUCGUAGUCAUUGCCCCUUUUCAUUUCUUCAUGAAAGAAUUUACCAAGACGAGCAAGGCUGAAAAUUGGGUUGCCAUUAAUAGAGAAGGGUUCGAGGCAUGGAAGAACAUGUCCGAGAAGGAGAGGCAACCGUAUGUUGCAGAAGCUGAAAAGAUUGACAAGGCUUACCAGAAAGCUUUGCUUGAAGAAGAAAAUGAUAAACUUGGGGUAGAUGAUGAGGCAGAUUCAGCCGCGGCCACUGGGAACAAUGGGAAGGCUGGUGAGUUUUAUGAAGACUACGAGAAUUCUGACGGCUCUGAUGUAUUUUGGGAUUACUCUGCUACGACUGGGUCUUGGCACACCUACCAUGGGUCUCUCUCUAUGUCCAAAAUGCCUAUGGUGCAUGAGUGCACCUCAUGAAACAGGAAAAUGGUGCAUGGUUUUUUAGUCCGCGGGUCUGUGGUCGCCAGUAGAGGUGGAAAAUUAAACCAUUGAGUUGUUAAUGGGUAUUUGUUAAGAUUUGUUUAAUUUGAUAACCCUAUAACAUAAGGGUGAGACGGAUAGUGAUGAUGAUGGUGUAAAGUGAAAGAAAAUUAAAUGGGUCUUAAUUGGUAUCUAUUAACAACUUAAUAGAUUGAUUUGACACCUUUAGUCUCGAGGACAACAAACUCUGGGCCGGUUUUUGAGAACUCCAAAGCUAAGAAAUUACGUUUUUUAGCUGAUCAUUUUUUGGGGUAACAUAAGCAUCUGGCUAUUGUAUAGUACCAAAAGGGUAGUUAUUUUCCAAUGUAAAGUUGAAAAAGUUUUACUUUAUGAUGUGAAAUACUUGAGACCUCGGCAUUUUGGGUUUA